CAGGAAAAGCAUUCAUCGGCAAACACACUCACACCGACAAUCCGAUACCGAGCCCAAUUUCAAGGCCCAGAGGAAAACAGAGAAAAUACGUGGAAAAUAUAGGGGAACCGUAUCCGCCACCUGGAUAACAUGUCCUUAAUCCGCAAGUCGACGAUUCCGCAGCGGGUCAAGCUCUCGCUGACGUCCCUUCAUGAUCCGUGUUCUCGAAUGGCGGUGCGCGGAAAUCGCACCUCCAUUCGUCGCAUCCAGUUGGCACACAGUUGCUUGCCAACGGUGGCCAGUGCCUCAUUGGAAACGAAACCCAUAGUUGGUUCAUUGAAGAAGCAACAGUUAGUGAAUUUGAAGGAAGUUAGUGAUAAUGAUAAUGAUAAUGAUAAUGAUGCUGGCAUCAGCGAGGGUAAGGACAAAGACCUGGUUUCCCUGCGAACGUUGCUGGAAUUGGUGGGGGGCAAAAUACGGCAAACGGAUAUCAAAUUCCUGCGCUUCCUGUGCAGCGAUCAUCGGAUAAUCUAUGUGCCAUGUCGCCUCAUUUACCGCCACUCGGAAACGAUGCGCCAACGGGGGGCAGUGGAGCAGCCCAUCAAAUUGCAGUCCAUAAGCUCGACGACGCUGAUCAGGGUGAUCGUUUGGAUGCACCAGCAGAGCGAGAUGGAGAUGGCAAGUGUAAUAGGUGGGAAGAGUUGUGCCAACAACAACAAUACGAUAGGCAAAGGCGAAAUGAUAGCCAGUCAAUGGGAAAAGGAAAGAAAGGGCAACGGAAAUACAAAUGCCAAGAACAAUCGGGAAAAUCGCAGUGAGAUCACUCAAAAUUAUGGUUCCAACACAAAACGAAAGCAUGCCACAAACCCAAAUAAAACAAAUUGUAAGAGCACAAUUAAAAAAAGAAAAAUUGAGAAUGAUCAAAGUUGUAGUGGCUGCCAUACAAGCACAAAUAAUAAUAACAGUGAAAAAACCGGCCCAGUUAAAAGUAUAGUAAAUAUAAAAAAUCAAAUGUGUAAUGUAUGUAAUAAUGGCGGAAAAGGGAAAACUAUAUGGACUUUGGAAAAUAUUGUAAGCGAAACUCAAAAAGCUAGUGAAUGUGAGAAAGAAACAAAUGAAUGCCAGGAAGAAAACAGUAAAAACAUGCAUAUAUCUGAAAGGCAAAAUAAGCAAAGUGCGAACGUAAGCGAAAGUGGCAAUAAAACAAAUAGUGGGAACAGUGAGCAAGAUAAUAGCGUUGGAAAAGCAAAUAAAAAUGAAAAUACUGGCUACAGUUUGUUUGCAAUCAGUGCCAAAAAAACAAGAGUUAGCAGCCAAAAGCUAACUAAAAUAUGUGAAACCAAAGAUGAAAGAAACGAAAAUGAAUACAUAAAAAGUGGGAGGAGUGAGAGCGGUGUGCCAUGUGAUCUGGAUGCCAAAAAAAAUGUAUCUGGAUUCGGGAUUAGUUUGUGGGAGAAGCAAUUUUUGGGCAACGAACUCUGCCAGCUGAUGGAACUCAUCCUGGCCGCCCACUGUUUGGGCAUCGACGCCCUGACCUCCCUCGCUGCGAACUAUUUGAACGAGCUGAUGGCCCAAAGUACCCGCUCAGAACUAUCAACCAUGCUGCAAGUGAGCACUCGUUUGGCGGAGGUGCGACAGUCUCUGAAAAACCAUCGUCCGCUGAUCACGGAGAUCUUGUCGCAGGUCGAUCACAGACCGAAUCACCACUACCCUGCGAGGAUGGCUUCUAAUUCGGUUGGACUUAAACCUAACACCCGACGAGGAGAAGGGCAUUUACGCUAAGACAGCAUCGAUCCGAUAGAAGAAAGAAAAGCGCUCAUUGGGCCACCAAGCCAGUGGCUCCCUUCCUCUGCAAUGCUUUAACCCCACGGCUUAGGCCAAAUAACUCUUGUACUGUCUUCUUCGCAAUUCAUUUUGACCAUCUCUGCAUAUGAUUCAUAGUUUGCUUUAUUUAAUUGCGAAAUAAAUGCGUGGCCUUGAGUUGGAAACUGCUUGGAAGACACACGGAAAUUUUGACUUAUCCGCUGGUUGGUGAAAGGGGAAGCAACUUACUCGCGACAAAAGCUGCCCACAACAAACAUGUUGAUUAAAGACUGCACGGGAAAGAAAUACGUUGUUUGGAAAAGCCUUUGGAUAUUAUUUUCUAUUACUGUGUUACACAGUAAGCAGGGUGCAAGAGGACAUAUAUGAGCAAAUGAAGGAAUCUUUAAAGCUCGGGGCUGGAUGAAGUCUCAGCCUAGUUAAACAUCCGACGCUUAUCAUUCAGACCGAAAACCUACGUCCCCCAAUAUUCUUUUGGAAGGCCACUUUAUGCUGCCCGCAGGCAGCUUCCCCCGAAUUAGCUGCCAUGAAAAAAUUGACAUUUAUUGUUUUUAGAAUUUUUAUGAGCUCCGCUCGAGCAAACGGAAAGAAAUAACCGGCGGAGGGAAAGCGGGCUGAAAAAAGCGUGCUGGAAAAGCCAGAGAUCAAUAGCCAAACGCUUGGCACGUUCCUCGCCAAGUGGGCACGAAAAUUGUUUCACCAAAUCACGCAUACGACUGACUGGUAGCACAGUGCGUUUCAUGUCUGUUGUGUGAAACUUUGUGAGUUUAAUAGCUUGCCCAAUAAGUCGUGAUAAUUAUGAUUAAAAGAU